UGGUGUUCAUGUUGAUGAGAUUCCUAAUUAACCGUCUCCUGCGCAGAUUGCCGGGGAGAGUUUUAAGGAUAAUCAACUGGAUUCUUAUUUUCUGUGGGAUCAUCUCCUGGAUCCUCCUUUUCUGGCGGUUCUUCACUACUGUGAGAACUCAUGUGAAGCCACUGCCUAAUAAUGGAGGAAGAAAAAUGCAGUAUCUGAAUCAAACUGAUGAACUUCACCUUGUUUCUUUAGCACCAAAUCCAGCAACACCACCGCCUUUUCGCAGCAACAUUACAGUACUGAAGCUAGCUGCUUGUUCAGGAAAAUUAAUGGUGAAAUUAAUUGAGGAAAAUUGAUUGGAAGUGUUAUAAGUACUUUGUUUUCAGUGUUAUAUGCUGUAGUGGUUAAACAGGUUCUACUAUUACGUAUUUCUAUAUGAAUUUUAACUAAAU